AUGCCUGCCCGAAUAACAAGAAAAUACACUCAUGAAGAAGUCUCCAAACACAACAUUCCCUCCGACCUUUGGCUCAUCCAUAGCAACAAAGUAUAUGACCUGACCGAGUUUGCAGCCGACCACCCUGGCGGUGAGCAUUUAAUACAACGUUGGGGCGGAAAAGACGUGACGGAUAUAAUGGCUGACCUUUCGUCACAUGCACAUUCUGAAAUGGCAUACGAAGUACUAGCAGAACUGUGUAUAGGCGAGGUGGUCGACAGUGCGCAUGAAGAAGAGGAAAGAGAGAACGAGUUGAAAGAAGAGCAUACAGAAAAGACCCAAGAGAAACUGGAUAACGAAACCAAUCUUACUCGUCAGAGCGGUAUUUCUAAUCUUAUUAAUGAAAUCGAGAUCAGAAUACGCAAUGCUGAUGGUCGUAUGGAGGAGAAAAUCCACAGCGCAGCGUCAAACGUCAAAACCGAAUAUGACGGAGGCGCUAUUCGUGAUAGCAUCGCGUUUGAAGCAUCUCCAAGUAGAGAAAUACAAACAAACGGCUUUUCGGGUAGUAAUACCAGCACUCCCUACAAUAUCACUCAAUACUACACACCAAACCAAGGAUCUUUAACCUUUCACAGUUCAUCAGUUUCUCCAGUCUUCCUAACACCAACAAACGAUAGUUCAUUCGGAUCUCCCAUGCAAACUUCCACGCUCAAUUCAGUUAAUUUGUCUCGCAAUUCUCCAGGAUCACCCCAUCCAACCUCUCCCGUCCCUUUCUUCGAUUUCUCCGCGCCGCUAGUCCCACAACUCCUCUCGUCUUCCAUAACAAAAUCACAGUAUCUUUCUCUUCUCAGAAACCCUACAUGUCUUCCAUUUCCGAUCCGUCUGUUCCGCAAUCCAUACCUGGAAUUUCUCUCUACCGCUCCGUGGUAUAUCGUCUUGUUGAUCUGGGUUCCGUGGAUGGGCUAUCAUUACAAGCUAGCCAGGGAAGGACUAGGAAGUUUGGUGUUGGCUGCAGUAUUGGCUGGAGUAUAUGUCUGGAUCAUUGUGGAAAGGAAUGCGUAUAAAGCGUUCGAAUGGUGGGAGAAGGAGAGAAAGGAAGAGGAUACGUUAGCAAUAAUAUGCCAUUUUGCGGCAAAAGGAAUACAUUCGUUGGUUCCAACGGACAAAAACCACCUCGUAACGCCGCCUAUCAUCGGUGCCAUUUUCUUCCAACCUUUUCUUCGCCUGGCCUACAUUCUCCUUCCGCGUUCCAUGGCCCAUGGGCUUAUUUCUGGAAUGAUGCUCGGCUACAUAACGCACGAACUUCUCCAUUACUACUUUCAUCAUGCCACUGUAGAGAAUGAACAUUUGCAACUAAUGAAAAUAGAGCAUUUUGAGUGUCAUCAUGGAAAGAGCAAGAAGAAAUAUUACGGGAUUUUAGGAGGUAUCUUUUAG